AUGGAACCUGAGCCAUCUGCCCCAUCGACAGUUCUUGCAAAAAGCAAGAUCGAGAAACCGAAGAAGGCAGAUUUUCGCCAGCGAGCCCACUGCAACCCUCUUUGUGACUGGGGGGACUGUUAUCCGGCGUCUCCAGACCAUGUGGACUGGUCGGUGCACUUCCCUUCCUUCUUCGACGGCAGCCCGGACAGGCUGCAGCUGAACACCGCCGAGAACCCUAUCGAGUACUUGGGCGUCGUGCCAGACGCGCGGAACGGUAAGGCUGGCGCACACAAAGUCCGAUUUCUGGAUGUUGGCUGUGGUUUCGGGGGCCUCCUUAUGGCACUUAGCCCCAAGUUCCCGGACAAGCUAAUGCUUGGCAUGGAGAUUCGCGAACAGGUCACGAACUACGUGGGCAAGCGAAUCCACGCAAUGCGACAGGGGGCAGAGGGCUCUCCCUCCCAUCACAAUGUUUCAGUAAUCCGGACCAAUGCGAUGAAAUUCUUGCCGAACUACUUUCGGAAAGGACAGCUGGAGAAAAUGUUCUUCUGCUUCCCGGAUCCACAUUUCAAGCGCAAAAAUGCUCGCCGACGUAUCAUCAGCUACGGACUGCUGUCCGUAUACGCGUACGUGAUGGCUCCUGACGGACUGUUGUACCAUGCCACAGACGUCAAAGACCUCCACGAGUGGAUGGACACCGCUUGUGAGGAACAUCCACUGUUCCGACGUGUGCCUUUGGAGGAGCUCGAGGGCGAUGCCUGCAUCGAGGCCGUGACUUCCGAGACCGAGGAGGCCAAGCGAGUAAAAAACCUCGGCCGGUUUGGUCACGACGUGUAUCUGAGCGUGUUCCGACGAAUCGCCCCUUUGAGCGAUGGCGACGAGAGUGUUGUGGAGACCUUGACUCACAAGCGCUUGGGUGCUGUUAUCUAUCCAGCCAUGACCGUCGCAGCUAUUCUUUUUGCCGUUCUGCUAGCGACUGCUUUGCGAAAUACGGAAGAGCAGACGGUGCAGAGGGCUAGAACAACAGUGCAGGGCAACAAGCUGCUGCAAAGGGCGGGCACUUUUCACGCCGUGAAGCAGCUCAACCCAGAAACGACAUUUCUUGAGGAUUUCAAGUCUGCUUUCACAUGGAAGCGACUGGCAGUCUUCGCGUUUGCGAUUUUCCUUGGACUAACUGUGGCACUUUUCGCGGACCGCCAUCUCUUCGCUAUUGGGAAGAGCGUUUCAGGUGUCGCAUCAGCAGAAGUCUGCCAAGCUGUAUGUUCGGCGGACCCCUUGGCGCUGUGCGAUGAUGCCCACUUCGCCUUUGAGAAGAGAUACUGUACUGUCGACGGCAAAGACUGUGGGGUCACCGCCCAUGAGACUAGCACCACCGAAUUUGUCAGCUGCUCCUUCAGUGUACUUCCGCAGGCGUGGAAAGUGGACUUCGUGCUCAUCUCGGCUGUCAUGGGCCUGUAUCUCAUUGUCGAGGGAAUGUCUGCUGAGCUCAUUCUGUUCGGGCUCAGCUGCAUCUAUGGUUUCCUCGGCAUUAUCACCGGAGACGAGGCCUGGGCAGGUAUUGCCAGCAGCAGCGUUAUUGGGCUGGCUCUCCUCUUUCCUAUUGCUUCGGCAAUUGAAGAAACAGGUGUUCUGGACACGGCCGUUGGUGUGAUGCUGGGAAGUCCACAGUCCUUUCAUGUCGCCUUCAUGCGAAUGCUGGUUCCGGUUGCAGCCCUUUCUGCAUUUUUGAGCAACACGGCCAUCGUAACCAUGAUGAUUCCAAUUAUCGUCUCCUGGUCUCGGACCCUGGGCGCCAAGCCGGGCAAGUUGUUGAUGCCGCUGUCCUUCGCUGCCCAGCUUGGUGGGUCCUGCACGCUCAUCGGGUCUUCUCACUGCCUGGUUGCUCGCGAUAGCGUGGACAAGACGUUGUACAAAAUGACAUUUUUUGACCUGUCUUACAGUGGCACCAUUCUGUGUGUCAUCAGCUUUGGUUUUAUGGCCUUGGCUUUGCCUUGCCUUUCAUCAUCUGCUGCCCAAGCUGAACCUAGCGAGCAGACUGAUGACAAGCAGAUGGCGCCGGAGAACUUCUACACGGUCGACUUCUUUGUCCGACCGGGUGGGGGCCACGUUGGCAUGGAUCCGGAGUUGGCCCGACUGCAGCUGAAGCGUCUACCUGGCGUGAAGUACGUUCAAGCUCCGAGGGUCCCACUGGAGGACAAUGCACGCCUUAGUUGUCUUGUCGCAGACGUGGGUGUCCUCUCCCUGCGGCAGAUAAGGGGCCUGCGCAUAGCACACGAGGCUCAUCUUCGAGCACUUGGCAUGGAGCGGGAGAGGCGCCACCUUUACGAAGCCUGCCUAUCCAGCGGUAGCCGAAUUCUGGAUGCACCCUUCGACUUUGAUGCCAUGAGACAAGCCCUGGGUUGCUGCCCCAUUUCCAUUCGGGGCAAGGAGGGUGUACCGCAAGCUGGCGACAUCUUGCUUGUGGAAGCAGAUGAGCGUUAUGUAGGGGAGGCGCUUUGGGAGGAGGAGUUUACCAUAACGAAGAUGGUGCCAAACUCCAGUCCACAGCGAACUGGCGGUGUCCACGAUCGUGUACGUUGCAUCUCAGUCUGUUUGGGCAUGGCAGUGCUGAUCUUCUCUGUGACACUGGAAUUGGUCCGGCUUUCAACCGGAGCUGGGAUUUUUGUGCUGCUUCUCGUUCUCUCGAAUGCCUUCAGCAUGCAAAGCGUCUACAAGACCAUCAAGGGCCCCGUGCUUUUAACCAUUGCUGGUGCUGGUGGGCUGUCCCUCGCUCUGCAGGCGACAGGCAUCGCGAUGUUUGCCGCCAAGCAGAUGACGGCGAUGGCGAUGCCAUUUGGAACCGUCGGACUGCGAACUGCCGUUUAUUUCUUGGCGGCGGAUUGGAAUGCUGCCGUGUACAGAACCACGGUGAAAAUUCUUGACAG